UAGGCAAUAAACAGUGGAAUAAUCCCACCCCUGAGAGUGGCAGAUAUUGUGGGAGGAAGGAGGGCAUAGCCCUGUCAGGCAGAAAUUAAUUUCCUUAAUCCUGUUUGUGGGGCCUAGGUAGCAUGCUGCCAAGCGUAGUAUAAAUACGCAGACAGAUGGGCGGACAUCAUAUGCUGGAAGCAGCAAUUUGAGAUCCGAUUUGUAGUUAGCCCCUAAAUUCACUCUGACGUCAGGCAGACGCAAGUGGCCAGCUUCGUGGGCAGCUGCUUACCCUCGUGGAAAAUCCAUGCCAAGUGCUGCCAGUCUGAUUUAGCAGCGUUCUACACCCCGCCUUGUGCCAGCUGUGCCCCGCUCUCUGCUCCUUCCUCCCUGUGCUAGACACAGGGUCAUGGUGAUAAGCCCUUUCAGCACCCCUUAGUCUCUGCUGCCUAAGGACCUGAUGUGUCCCUUGUAUAAGUGACAGAAGCUCACAGGCCCUUCUAUGGCACUGCAGCCUGGGAAAGCAGGAAAGCAGUGUCCUCAGACUCCCUCCCACCUUGUCUCUGCCCCCAGCGCUUCGCUGCAUCAGAGGCUGCAAGGAGGAGUGGCAGCUCUGUGUCAGGUAGGUGAGGACCCUACAUCAGAUGGGAGAGGAUUUCCCUGAGGGGUCAGUUUUGCCCAUUCAGAUGCCUUUUGUCUCCACCACUGGAGCAGCACAGAGUCAAAAAAUCAAACCAGCUUUUUGCAGGAGGAAGGCAAACCAGAAUCCAGCCCAGCAACCCCCACAGAGAUGCAUGUUAGAUCCAUCCACCUCAAUAUUCAUCCACAGACACAGGCAGGCUUGCACAUGCACAAAGGCACAGACAGACACAGAUGCCUACAGGCACACACAGAGACAUACUAUAUGCACAGUGACACAAAGACACAGAUCUCCUUGCCCAUGCUGACACACAGGCAUUCACCUGCAGACUCUGCUUCUCCAUUGCCCUCCAUACUCACAUCCAGGGAUGCAGGCUCACACUCUGCUUCUGUGUCUGGCCAGCAUGGAUAGCAACCAGAUACCCUGGAGUGGUGGUGCCCAAGGACAAAAUCCCCAGGCUGGGAUACCUGAUUGGCUUCAGCUGAAUCGCUCCUGAUUUUCCACUGUGUCAGUGAGGCCAGAAUCUAGCCUUGGGACUGAGAUCCCCUACAGGAUUCCCUGCCUAUUCUUAGUGCUUUCUUAGCACAGCCCUCCAGCAGCCUGGGAAAGGGUUAAACAUCCCUCUGAAUAAACAAGUGGCUACGUCUAGAGAUGCUCUGCAGGCAGAAGCAUAUGAGAAUCGCUUGGGAAUAGGGAGGAGAAGAGGGAGGGAAAAUGGGUGUGGGGGAAGCAUUUUCAGGGCAUGUCUAGCCCAUUCAUUACAGCACCUCCCUUCCCCACUGUGGUGCCCACCAAUCCAGGGAGGGUCUCUCAGCAGCUGGGCUGAAGUCCUAGAUCCUAGGAAAGGAGGGAGGCAGAGCGUAGGGGAGAUUUUGCAGGGAUGUUUAAUAUUCAGGUCACAUGACCAUGGCAGCAGCGGCAGCAGCAGCAUCCUUGCUUAUCUGAAAUAUCCAGUGGAGGAGAGGAAAAAAAAGAGAGAGAAGGAGAAAGAAAGAGAAAGAGAGAGAGAAAAAAGCAGAGCUUCUUAGCCAGCCAGGCUGCAUUGGUGUCUGGAUAAAAAAGUGGGGGGGAAAUCCCACCCCUCAGGAGCAGAUUCAAAGACAAAGAAAGAUUCAUGUUCAAAGGGCCAGCAGACACCAGGACUGACGCAGCUAUGUCUGACCUGGUGCCGGAGCCCCGGCAAAAACCAGUAGUGCCGAUGAAACCUGUUAGCAUUAAUUCCAACCUGCUGGGCUACAUUGGGAUUGACACCAUCAUUGAGCAAAUGCGCAAGAAGACCAUGAAGACAGGAUUUGACUUCAACAUCAUGGUUGUAGGUCAAAGUGGGCUGGGGAAAUCAACACUGGUGAACACUCUCUUCAAAUCCCAGGUGAGCCGCAAGUCUUCAGGCUGGAACCGCGAGGAGAAGAUCCCUAAGACAGUGGAGAUUAAAGCUAUAGGGCAUGUCAUCGAAGAAGGUGGUGUCAAGAUGAAGCUGACAGUAAUUGAUACCCCAGGAUUUGGUGACCAGAUCAACAAUGAGAACUGUUGGGAGCCAAUUGAGAAAUACAUCAAUGAGCAAUAUGAAAAGUUUCUGAAGGAGGAAGUGAAUAUUGCGAGGAAGAAACGAAUCCCAGACACAAGAGUCCACUGCUGCCUCUACUUCAUUUCUCCCACAGGUCACUCCUUGCGACCUUUGGACCUGGAGUUCAUGAAACAUCUCAGCAAAGUAGUAAACAUCAUCCCUGUUAUUGCCAAGGCAGACACCAUGACCCUGGAAGAAAAGAUUGAAUUCAAGCAAAGGGUGCGCAAAGAACUAGAGGUGAAUGGGAUCGAGUUUUACCCUCAGAAGGAGUUUGAUGAGGACCUGGAGGAUAAAACAGAGAAUGACAAAAUCAGGCAGGAAAGCAUGCCAUUUGCAGUGGUGGGCAGUGACAAGGAAUACCAAGUGAAUGGCAAAAGAGUCUUGGGAAGGAAAACACCCUGGGGAAUCAUUGAAGUGGAAAACCUUAAUCACUGCGAAUUUGCCCUCCUUCGAGACUUUGUCAUAAGGACCCACCUCCAAGACCUAAAAGAAGUGACACACAACAUCCACUAUGAGACUUACAGGGCCAAACGACUAAAUGACAAUGGGGGCCUCCCCCCAAUGACCGUUGAGACAGAGGAAAACCAUGAAAGUAACCCAUGAAUUACCCUCUUCUUGUCACUCACUGUCUCUGGAUAUUACCACCCACCCUGACUGCCCUUGUCUUUACUGUGGGCCUGUCUUUGAAGCAUGUGGAACAUCCUCUGUGUGUGUGUGUGUGUGUGUGCGCGCGCGCGUGUAAGGGGGAUGGACAAAGAGCAUUUCCUCUGUCCUCCCCAGAAUGUGCUCCUUUCUGAUUUUGCACAGCAGACUUUGUCACCUUUCUCUCUUUCCUGUACCAUGGCUCAGUUAUAUGUCUUGGUUGUGGGAAGUCACAGAGAGAACUCUGGGAGGUGUAGUUUCUGGCGUUUGGGGUUCACUUUUUUGUCAGGAGCCCUGAGGGUCCUGUGCUUGCCCAUAUAAAAGCCAUGGACUUACUGCAAGGACAGUGGAGUCCGUGUACCCAGUGUCUUCAAGAUGGUGGUGGCAACCGUGAGCUUCAUUCUGGGCAGAAGAGUAAUUCCAUGGUGGAGGUGAAGGGGGGUUUAAUGGUCAGUCUGGGGGAAGUGAUAAGUGGUGGUGUUGUAUCCUCGCUUCUCAUUGUGGCCAUCGGAAGAGUUAGUUGUAAAAACAUGGAUGGGAUGGAAAGAAUAUUAUUGCCAUGUUUUCCAGUCUGGCCACUGAAUGGGAACAUGUGGUGGUGGGAGGAAAUAGCCAGUUAGAUCAAGGACAUUCAGAUUUGAUUUGAGAAGAAUCCAAGUACGUUGAGGAACAGGAAUAUUUUCUAAGGAGCAAACCCCUGUAAACCAUGCUGGAAAGAAUCCAUUUUUAAAAACAUUUUAAAAUCUAUUUCCAUGUGACGCCCAAAAGCUGCCUUUGAUUGUCACAUAGUCUCGAUCGUGCCUAGCCUCUGGCUUGUUCUGCUGUGAUUACCCUCUUUGGGCUGUUACAGCAGCCAAGAACAGUUGGAGUGCAGCAUGUUCUGGUCCUGCUUGUCCCUUCCUUAGUGGAUUCUUAUGGUGAGAGGAGUCAGGAAGCUACUCUGUGCCAAGCAAUAAGCUUCUACUUCGCUGGGAGUAUUUUCUGGGGACAAGUCCUGUCUAUUAUCCAGCCUCCAUGCUAUCAGAGGAGCACUCAUAGAUUGCAGAGGAAAAGAGCAGAGGGUUAAAGUGUUUCUGCCUUUGAUCUCUUGCAUUGGAACCCAAGAGAUACUUUCUGUUUGUGAAAGCAUUUCAUGUUUGCCACCCAGAGGUCCUGCUCUCUCUGCAGCUCCUUCCAUCCUUGUUGUCCUUUACCCAUAUUUUUCUGCUUUUCUGUCUUUCUCCUAUGUUUGCUCUCCUCCUCUCUCUCAUCUCCCUCUCUCUUCUUUCUUUCCCCUCAUUCUUUCUGUCCUCUCUCUUCUGUGCCUCCCCCUUACUUUCCCAAACUGCUUUAGUUCUCGUUUCUCUCAAUCUCUUCUCACAUUACCUUACUUCCUAUUUGGCUGCCUAUUGUUCUUCUGUAGCUGAUAUCUCCCAAAAGAUCUUGUAUGUAUUACUGGUGCGAGUUCAUUACAUGACAUCUGAAAGCUAUUGUUUUACUUUCCUAUCACAGGAGUGGGGUGGGGGAGAAGAUAAAAGCAAUGAAUAUUAAUUGAGGGACAAAUACUGAGGCCUUUACUAAGGACCAGAUUGUGGCAUUUAGCCACUGGCCAAAGGUAGACGUGUAACAAAUCAGCCAGGUGCCUGGGGCAGUAGGAUGCCUGGGGACAGAGAUGACUUCUAGCUGCUGCUGUGGUGCCAGCAUGGUGCCAACUGAUAUUUUUCUUCCCCUUACAAAUCAGCACCUAAGGUAACUCCCCAAGUUGCCCCGACCUAGUAGUUACACUAC